AUGGCUACAAAACUCCAUCUUCGCCUCAAGUCUCUAGAAGACGACGACCCGUGGAUCGUCGAGCAAAAGAAUUUCGCUAUCAGAAAGGACUUCCUGCAACCAGACAGCUACAUUUCCCCCGCUGACGCGGCUUUUCAGAUAAAUGAGCUUACUCCCAUGAAGCGGGAGGCGCAGGGUGAAGAGGAUGUUGAGCACCCAGAGAGCUAUAUGUGGGAGAUAUGGGGCUUCUUCAUCGAGAUUUCAAAACAGAUUCCCCAUGACCAUCCAUCACAGGACAAACUGGUCUCUCUGAUAAAAGAGCUGACCUUGUUGCCGUCAGUGGAAGUCGAAAUUUGGGGGCCGAGCGAUUGUGUUCUGCAGAAAAAGUUGCGGGUUUGGGCAGACUUGCCCUUGAUGGGGGCAGCCUGGACUGAAGCUUGGGACGAGCCCUCCGAUUAUGAUGAUUCCUAUGAAGCAUUCAAGCAAGGGAUAAAUUGGCAUGCAUUCUCGGCACGGCUCCUCCAGUCGGGUCUAACUAGAUGGUUCAUGUAUGCUGUUAGAAUCUUUCGUCUUGCCUCUGAAGAAGAGCCGUAUCGGAAAAAGGAUACGUGGGAGUAUCGAAUCUGUGCAGCUGCGCAGUGGAUCGAACAUUCCAGACAGGCAAUUUUCCAGAAAUUAGACUCCGAGUUCUCGACCAAGGAAUUGAACCAAAUGGCGGAAGGUCCUCUUUAUAAAGGGAAAGAAGGCAUGUCUCACGAGAGAUGGGAUUUUUGGGAAGCAGAAUUCCGUGCAUUUGGAGGGGAAAGGGCUGGAGAAGUGUCAGAAGAAACCGCAUCUAUAUAUCGCAAAGCUGCACAGCAGAUGACAGAGACUGGCCUUAUGAGCGAUGAAUGA